AUGUCUGACCUUUAUCGCUCGGCAUUACAAGCUCGCAUCUCGAAGCUACCUAUGUUACCGCCAGAGCCAGAUGAUGACGACGAAGAGGCAGAAGCAGCCGAUUCUCUAGGAUCUCUGCCCUCCGGCAUAGGGCCUGCACCAAUGCAACGUACUCCAAACGUGGAUUUUGCGCCCAUCUCUGCUGCGUCCUUCUUCGAGCAGGCUACCCAGGUUGCCGUGCCCGCCUCUGGGCUGGACGUCCGUGCGUACUAUACCCCGCCGCGCUUCGCAGAUGGCACGGUCAUGGUGUGCCACCACGGUGCGGGCCAGUCGGCACUCACGUUCGCAUGCGUCGCGAAGGAGGUGACCGACAUGAGUCGUGGAGAGUGCGGUGUCCUCGCGCUGGACUGUCGGGGACAUGGGAGGACAGUGCGCACGAACCAGUCCGGAUCGGCUGAAGAGGACUUCGCCAUCGAGACGUUGACUGCAGAUUUCGUCAACACGAUCGAGGCAAUCUUUCCAGACCCCACCACGGCGCCGACUUUGCUGCUAGCUGGACAUAGUCUCGGCGGCUCAGUCAUUGUCCGUGCAUGCACACUUCUUCAAGAGCAGAAGUACAAGAUUACUGGUGUCGCAGUUCUCGACAUCGUUGAAGAAUUCACUCUUGAGGCUCUUCCUAUGAUGAACAAUCUGCUUGAUGUACGUCCAGAAGGAUUUGACAGCCAGGAAGCAGCGAUCGAGUGGCAUGUGAAGACGAAUGCAAUCCGUAAUCCACACUCCGCACGCGUGUCCGUCCCUGCGAUAAUCAAGCCCGCCCCAGACGAUGCUCCAGUAGGCACCCCAGCGCAUGUGUGGCAGGCACCGUUGAGACUUACUGCGCCAUACUGGACUAGUUGGUUUACUGGCUUGUCCAGCAAGUUCCUGUCAGCUCGUACAGCAAGGCUGCUCGUACUCGCGGGCACCGAGCGGCUUGACAAGGAGCUGAUGAUUGGUCAGAUGCAGGGGAAGUUCCAACUGGUCGUAAUUCCUGGCGUAGGCCACAUGUUGCAGGAGGAUGACCCAACGCGAUUAGCCGAGGUCCUCGUUGAGUUCUGGAGACGUAACGAGCGUGUCAUUGCAGGAGUCAAGAAGGUGGGAGAACGAUGA